UCGGAUCGGGGAGGGGGACCGACCGCAGUUAGGGGAGGAGACCAGCAGCGACGUUUGCUCGAACUGGAUCCGGAGGUUCCCCGCGGCUGCCAGCAACUCCCUCCCUCCCUCCCUCCGUCUCCAGGCCCUUGGUCCCCUCCCCGCAUUUGGUUGCCAAGAGGAGACGGAGCGAGCUCGGGGCAAGGCAAGAGCAUCUGCGCGGAACGGCGGCGUCCCCCGCUCCGAUCUCCCUGCGGCAGGACUGAAGGCUCCCGGGGCGAAAGGAGGCUGCGGGGAAGCGGCGCUGUCCCUUCUGGGCGCUCCGGCUUGCCUUCGCUACUUGGCAGCCGCUGCUGGGCUCCGUUAGAAGCAGCCGCGCGAGAUGGGACGGCGCGAACUGCUGGCAAGUCCUGCCGUCGCCCGCUGAGCUCGGAAGCCUCGAAGCUGCUCGGUUGGAGCUCCAGGGCGAGCUGGGAAGAGGAGACCCUGCCUGGCUUCUACCAACGCCGACUUCCCUCGUUCUUCCGACGAGCUGUGAUCGACUCGUCCUCCUUCUCGUUCCCUUCCGCAAGUCAAGUCCUCGACCGUAUUUCUCCUUCCCUCUGUCUCUAGCCUCUUCCCCACUCAGCUGCGCCUUCCAGAGAAGACAGAUCCUAUACCAGAAAAACAGGUAGCAGAUCACCUGGACGUAUCUGCCUUCCCUUCUUCCAGCAUCUGCAUGAUGAAAGGUGAUGGGCCCCGAUUGCUUCUUUCCCUGCUGGUGGGAAUCUUGUGUCUCUGGAACCCCAGUCCUGUAGACCCCCAGUCUGUGUUGACCGACCACGAAAUUGAGGAAUUCCUGAAAGGCUUCCUGGGAGAGGGGGAUGAAGACUUGGAAGGGCCAGAGACAGGAAAGGUGGCUGUUGGUGAGGAGCUUCCCAAAAAUCAAGGAAACCUGAAUCCUGCAGAAAGAGAGAAAGCUCCAACGGAGGAGGUCGAAGAAGUAACACAGGAGAGAGUGACGGAGAAGCCCAAGAAAGGGAAGAAGGAGAAGCCACCUAAACCUACAAAAAAGCCAAAGGAAAAACCACCCAAGAGCUCCCCAAAGCCAAAGCCUCCAAGAAAGGAGAAGCCUCCCAAACCCACCAAAAAGCCAAAGGAGAAGCGUCCCAAAGCCACCAAGAAACCUAAGGAGAAGCGUCCCAAGGCCACCAAGAAACCAGCAGCAGGAAAGAAGGUGGAAAGGCCUUCUCCUCCAGUUCCACCAGAAGAAGAGAGGUAUCACUUUCCAGAAAGACCACUGAUCCCACCCACAACAGGAGUCGAAGAUGGCUAUGGAUUGCCAGAUCUCUUACCCUACGGACGAGAAGACGACUUCUCCCGAGUCAACGAAGAAGGGGGCGAAUCUCUCUAUCCUGAGAAGGUCAUUGAGAAACAAGAUCCAUCUAGGUUUCACACUGAUGUCUAUGAAUCUCCAACGGAGCCACAGGAGACGCCCACCAAUGAGAAAGAUCCGGAAAGUCAGCCAGAAUUUCCUGUAGAACAAGAGCCACCAACACUGGACUACAAUGAACAGAUUGAGCGUGAGGACUACGAGGAUUAUCAAUAUGUCCGGCGUGAGAAAAAACCCAAAAAACCAUCGCAAAAGAAACCUGAGAGACCCAGGCUGGAACCAGAGGAGAAACCCACAGAGAAGGUGGAGGAACCUCCCACCCCUCCUUUCGAGAGUCAUUAUGAUGGAGGGAUACAGUUGCCAGAUUAUGAAGAUGUGGAUUAUGGUCUGCCUCCCCAGGAGCCCAAAAAAUUCCCCAGUGAAACAGAUGAAGAGAAACCUAAGAAAGGAGGAGGCAGUAGCAAGGAGGAAGAGGAGGGUGAGACAGAGGAGAACAAAUGGACAGAGGAGAAAAGCAAGGAGAAAGGGAAGCCAAAGAAAACAGGAGGGAAAAAAUGGGAAACUGAUGAAAAUGUGUGGACUCCAGAAGAGAAAAUAAAAUGCCCUCCCAUUGGAAUGGAAUCUCAUCGAAUUGAGGAUGAUCAGAUCUUGUCUUCUUCCAUGCUACGACAUGGUUUAGGAGCUCAGCGUGGACGUCUCAAUAUGCAGGCUGGAUCCAAUGAGAAUGAUUACUUUGAUGGUGCAUGGUGUGCAGAAGAUGACAGUAGCAUACAGUGGAUCCAAGUGGAUACUAGGCGAAUUACCAAGUUCACGGGCGUCAUCACCCAAGGCCGGGAUUCUCUGCUCCAUGAGGACUUUGUCACCACUUUCUACAUUGGCUUUAGCAACGAUAGCCAGAACUGGCUCAUGUACAGUAAUGGUUAUGAAGAAAUGCUUUUUUAUGGAAAUGUUGACAAAGACACUCCCGUAAUGACUGAAUUUCCAGAACCAAAGGUGGCCCGUUAUAUUCGGCUCUACCCAUUGACGUGGAAUGGUAGUCUCUGUAUGAGAUUGGAAGUUCUGGGCUGUCCCCUCUCCAGCAUCUACAACUAUUACAGUUUGCAAAACGAAGUGAUGACAUCAGUGGACAACCUGGACUUCCGCCAUCACAACUACAAGGAUAUGAGACAGCUGAUGAAAGUAGUGAAUGAAGAAUGUCCCACCAUCACCCGCAUCUACAAUAUUGGCAAAAGCUUUCGAGGACUUAAGAUCUACGCUAUGGAGAUAUCCGAUAAUCCAGGCGAGCAUGAACUGGGAGAGCCAGAAUUCCGCUAUACAGCUGGCAUCCAUGGCAACGAGGUGUUGGGUCGGGAGCUGCUGCUUAUGCUGAUGCAGUUUAUAUGCAAAGAGUUCAAGGAUGGAAAUCCACGCAUCCGGAAUCUGGUGACGGAAACCCGCAUCCACCUUGUCCCGUCGCUCAAUCCUGAUGGCUAUGAGAUUGCCAGCCAAAUGGGCUCAGAAUUAGGGAGUUGGGCUCUGGGACAUUGGAAUGAAGAAGGCUUUGAUCUCUUUGAGAACUUCCCUGAUCUCAACAGCAUCCUCUGGGCUGCAGAAGAGAGAAAAUGGGUACCACACAGAGUCCCCAACCACCACAUGCCAAUUCCUGAUCACUACCUUGCAGAAGAUGCUGCAGUGGCAGUUGAGGUGAAGGCCAUCCUAGCCUGGAUGGAGAAGAUCCCCUUUGUGCUUGGUGCCAACUUCCAAGGGGGAGAGAAACUCAUUACCUAUCCUUUUAACAUGGCUCGGCCCAUCAAUGAGAAUGAAGUAGGUCCGCCACCAUCCCUGGAAGACUAUGAAGAGGAAAACCCAGAAGUCAGAGAGACCCCAGACCAUGCCAUCUUCCGCUGGCUGGCGAUUUCCUAUGCAUCGGCCCAUCUCACAAUGACGGAAACGUUUCGUGGAGGUUGUCAGGAUCAAGAUGUGACCAAUGGAAUGGGGAUUGUCAAUGGGGCCAAGUGGAAACCACAAGCGGGCACCCUGAAUGAUUUCAGCUACCUACACUCCAACUGUCUGGAGCUCUCCAUCUAUCCUGGGUGUGACAAAUUUCCCCAUGAAAGUGAACUUCCACAGGAGUGGGAAAACAACAAGGAAUCUCUGCUGACAUUCAUGGAGCAGGUACAUCGCGGUAUUAAGGGCACAGUGACAGAUCAACAAGGAGAUCCUAUUGCAAAUGCAUCCAUUUCUGUGAUGGGGAUCAAACACGAUGUGCAAACAGCAAGUGGAGGCGAUUACUGGCGCAUCCUGAAUCCUGGCGAAUAUCGUGUUACAGCCAAGGCCGAAGCCUACAAUCCGAGUGUCAAAACCUGCAGCGUCUUUUAUGACAUCGGAGCCACCCAGUGCAACUUCAUCUUGUCACGGUCCAACUGGAAACGCAUCCGAGAGAUCAUAGCCAUGAACGGCAACCACCCUCUUGGGAGGCCCAUGCUGGGACGACCCAUGACACCUAAGGAGCGCAUGCGCUGGAGGAUGAGGAUGCGCCAAAGAGCUCGCCUGCGCCAGAAGAUGCUUGAACGGCUGCGGAAAACCAGCACAAGCAUUCCCACCACCAUUCCUCCAAGUUCUGCAUUUCCCUUCUGGUUCAGCAGCACCACGCUCCCACCAUGGAGCCAAGAGCCUCCCAUAGCAGAAUCAGCCACUUCUUGGGAUGCCGAUGUCUACACGGAGACGGUGACAGAAUGGGAAACCGUAACGGAGGAAAUAACCGAGGCGGAGAUGACUGGCACAGCCUUUCCCAUGACCACAGCAGAGACGUACACAGUGAACUUUGGCGAUUAGGAUUAGUCUGUCAAAUUUGUGAGGCCUGCAGGCCAGGAACGCUCUAAAGACAUUCCUAAAGCCUACUCCGCCUCUUCUGGAGCAGGUAGUGAUAUCUAUUCACUGUAGUAUGUGGAGGCACAUUCUCCUAGUUUUAGGACCCACCAGGAACCCCUUGCUUUAAGCAGGCUCCAAGAGCCGUCACAUUUGCAUCAUUUAUUUUUCAAACACACACAACUUUCGAACGAACAAUUUUCUCUUUCUUCUUUGGAUAAAAAGGCUCAGCUUUCUAUAUAGGGCUGGAACACUAAAGCCCUGCUGAAUGGAAAGUUGAGGUGAACGAAUUGUACAUCUCAGACUGACUAUAGAAUAGGGAACAAGCUAAGAACAUAAUCUGGCUUAAUCUUUAUCGUUCUGGUAUAUUCACUUUUUUUUACUCCAUUCUACUCUAUGAUGUUCUUUACAGCAGGGGUCCCCAGCACCACCACCCUAGUCCAAGGACCAGCACUGGUCCUCAGCAUGCCAGCAACUGGGCAGCGCAAACAAGCAAAGCCCCAUCCAUAGGAUGUAGGGAGCAUGCAAAACCACGCCCCCUCCGGUCCAUGGAAAACUUUCUCAAUGAGACCAGUCCCUGUUGCCCAAAAGGUUGGGGGCAGCUGCUUUACUGUAAUCUACAGUGUAGGAUUCUUGCAAUGUAGAGAGAGAAGCAGGCUAGGCCUUUAUCCAGUGGCCCACAGCUGUUGCUUCCCCAUGCUUCCCACUGAAAUAAUGGAGCCCAUCAAGCACUGACACAUAUUUGGGACACAACCCAACCGUUUUAUCCAAGUGCUCCCAUGACUGUUUAUUUGCAGUUUUAAUACUUUUAUGAAAGAGAUGUGCUAUAUGAAAAAUUCAUAUUUCUUUCGAGUUCUAUUUAAGAAGUGAAAGAAUUCUUAAAGCAUUAGAAUAAGAGCCAUAACUAGAACCAAGCAAAAAUUGAUUAAGUUGAAAA